AUGAAGGCAACGUGUAUUCUCUUCCUCUGCCUCGUCGGCACAACUUUUGCUUUUCCAGAGCAUCUUUUUGGUCGACAGUUUGCCGAUCCUGACCCCGUCGUGAAACAUUGGGCUCUCCUUGUUGCGGGUUCAAAUGGAUGGUACAAUUACAGGCAUCAGGCCGAUAUUUGCCAUGCCUAUCAGAUCCUACACAAGCAUGGAAUUCCAGAUGAGCAGAUUGUUGUUAUGAUGUAUGAUGAUAUUGCCAACAAUGAAGAAAAUCCCAAUAAAGGGGUAAUCAUAAACAAGCCAAAUGGACCUAAUGUUUAUCCUGGAGUACCCAAGGAUUAUACCGCAGAAGAUGUAACUCCAGAGAACUUCCUGGCCUUGCUUCAAGGAGAGAAACCUCAAUCUUGCAACAUGUGCAGUGGAAAAACUCUGAAGAGUGACAGCAAUGAUCAUCUCUUUGUUUAUUUUGCUGACCACGGGGGAACAGAUCUGAUUGCCUUCCCUGAUGGAGAGUUGGAAAAGAACGACCUGAUGAAUGCCCUGAAGAAGAUGCAUAGACAACAGAAGUUCGGAAAGCUUGUAUUCUACCUUGAAGCCUGUGAGAGUGGAUCCAUGUUUGAUGGAAUGUCAAAGGACCUUAACAUCUUUGCAACGACUGCAGCAAACCCAGAUGAGUCUUCCUGGGGUUACUAUUGUAAUAACUCUAUGGAUAACUGCUUGGGAGAUGAGUACAGUAUUCACUGGAUGGAGGACUCGGAUGUGGAGGACCUGAGCUCAGAGACUUUGGACAAGCAGUUCCACAUCGUAAAGCAAGAGACAAAGAAGAGCCAUCCUCAGGAGUAUGGUAACCUUACAAUGUCAUCAGCUAUGGUCAAUCAGUAUCAGGCCAGUCAGGGUGGUGAGAUGCAUAUCAUGAAGGAUGUCCUGGUCCGUGAGCAGACUCCCAUCAGUGAGCUUGAUUUUGUACCAUCCCGAGAGGUUGAGAUGACUAUGCUGUACCGUCGUCUGAUGAAGACCACUCAUCCUACAGACAGGGAUGCUAUACUCAAGAAGAUCAUGGUCUUAGCUCAGACCCAGCGUAACAUCAUCCAGACCAUGCGUAGCAUCAUCAUGUCUGUGACCUCUGACCCUGAGGCUGUAGAAGCUCAUCUCCAGCGUCCCGAACAGCUCAGGAUCCUCGACUCUGUUUGCUACCAUAGUGCCGUCAAACUCUUCUCCGAUACUUGCUUCAGGCUUGGACAGAAUGACUAUGCUAUGGGCAUUAUCUAUGCCUUUGCCAACAUGUGUAAUGAGAAUGUCCAACAAGAUAGGAUCUUGAAUGCCAUCAAGAAUGUCUGCUAGAGUGUACAACCAAUCCAGUGGUCUCAGUAAUCUGAUAGAAACUGAAAUAAGCUGCUGCAGUCUAAAGUGUGUUUUUCAAAAGAAAUCAAAAUUUACUGAAUAUCAUUUCCAGUGAUCCAUGGAUAUAAUGUAGAAUGAAUGUGUACUAGGUGCCAAUGAAUUAUGGAAUGUAAAGCACAUACCUGGGUGGAGUUUUUUUGCAUGACUGAAACAUGUUCUUAGAUGCCACGUUAGUAGCACAAGAAAGGAUUAAGAGUCAUGCGUAUGAAACCCUAUAAAAAAUUGAUGGAGACCCACCAUGUUAAAGGGUUUACUAAUUAUGCAAUAUUAAUUGUCGCUUGGUGUAUCGCUUCUUUCCAGGUGGUGUUUUGUAUCUGAUUUUGCAAUAUUUUGUAUUCUCCUUCCACAAUGUUGUAUGUUUAAUACACAAGUUUUCAAUAUACAGUGCGUCCCACAAAAAAAGAAACCUGUUUUCAGAGACAGAUAUCACAAUUAUUAGAUAUGUUUUUACUCUAAUUUAGAUAUUUAAGGUUACAGUAAAAUCUUAUCUUUAAUAUGAGACCAACAUCGGAGCAAAUCGUUAAAUCGUUCGUGCAUGGCAGAUUAAAAAUAAUAAAUGCUGAGGCAUGCCAGAAAUGAUUUGCGCAGAAACUCAUGUGUGAAUCUGAAUCCACUCUCAUUUCAGGGAUCAGUGAGGGAAACUUACAAAGAAUACAAAAGAUACCUGACCCAAUCGUCGAAUAAGCUUGGUCGCCGUAUCGCGAACCAAUGUUGUUCAACCUUUCUGCGCAACUCUUGCUCAUUAAUGUGCGAAGUGUUUGUCUCACAUUAGGCAUCAAAAUAUAGAAGAAUAAUGUAAAUGGAAUAUCAAGAUUCAUUUUCCUUUGAAGAAAAAAAAAGACAUGGGAAUCCUGGUUUCCUUUUUUCUGUGAUGCACUGUAUAGUCAUGCUAUAGCUAUAUGAACUAGAACAUGGUCUUUCAAAUAACCCUUUUCACUUAAAUUGUUGUGCCUAAAUCUAAUUUUGUAAGAGUGAUUAAUAGGCUUUUAUUUAGAUAAUCUAUUCCAUGUCAAAUCUUUUUUGAAAUGGGAUAUUAAUUAAUCAUGGAAAUGUAAGAUUCAUAAAUUAUUCAUGUUAAUAUAGUAUGUUAAUUCAUAGUACUAACUUGUUCUUUAUGUUUUAUAUGAAAUUUAAUACAAAAUUAAUAAAAUACAUAAUUUACUCAGCAAAUUAUUGUUUCAUUUUCUUAUGAAUGCAUUUAAUAGUUGUCAUCUGUACCCAAAAUGGAUUCAUGGUUUAGAACAUGACAUUUUACACUCUUGUUUAUAAAUGACUAUACAUAUUAUGUAAAUACAGUUAUUUACAAAACAAAGCAAUAAAACUGGACAAUAGUCAGCAUUAACCCGACACCUAUAAUAAAUAAACAAAAAUAAUAUCACAAUACAUAUAUAAACAUUCUUCCCACAUUUUUGGAAACAUUCAUUGUCAUGAACCUGGUGCAAUACAAGGAUGAAUUAUCCAGUAACCCAAUAAUACAUUCAAACCCCAGCUAUGUAUUUGCAUCAUAUUAGACUGAUUUUAUAUUUUUGAGCUGAUUUUUUUUUUUUCCUCAAUAUCAUUUUCUAAAAUCUAUUAGAAAUAGUCCUAUUCAAAUUAGACGGGAAAAAGGCAGUUUCCCCGAUUUAUAUCAGAAUCGGAGUAAAUCGAACCAAAUCAAAUGAAGGCAGUUUUUAUGCUUGUUCAUAAAUUCAAUAAAUCCCAAUAUUUCUGUAUACUAUACAGGGUAAAUGAAUACAAAAUGAUACAUUUGAUGAAUAUUAAUUUCAGUACAGGCUUUAAAAGAUUAAGUACAUUAGAUAAUGAUAUAAUGGUAGUUUCAGUAAAUAAAAGUAAUAAGCAGAAUUAAAGUUAUUGUAACCUGUAGUAUCAAUUUUGUCCAUACGCAGUGCAGAGGGAUCUACAUAACAAGAGAUGCAUGAUAAAGUUGUUUCAUGGUAUUCUUGUUAACAAGUAGCAACAAUUAUAAUUUAUUGUAUUCAUUACAGGCUUAUGUUCUUACCGAGACUUUUACAUUAGUCAGUUUCUUAGAUGUUUUAUCUAUCAAAAAAUCUUGGAGAUACUAAAUUCAACUCUGGUCUUAUUGCCCACCAGGACAUCUAAAUGGAAUCCUGUUUUUUUUUCCUCAUUAGCGAAGAAGGUCAACACUGUUGCUACAAGUUAGUGUGACGUCAGCUAGUCAAAAUCACACACAAAACAAAGCUCUUGUGAAAUUUACACAAAAUGUGCCUUAUUUUUCUGAAUUGCAUACAAUCCCAAAGUGAAAAUGAUGAAUACCAAACGAAAAUACAAAUGCCUCGCCUUUUGUCGCAACUUGCAUCUUUUUACAUGCAUAAAUUACAUUAAAACAGUUAAUAUUGACAAGUGUAGGCACAUUUUUGUACAUGACAUUCUACAAUAUAGGUAAUGUUGAGACCCAAUUAUACAGAAUUUAUUCUGAAUGAUAGCAGCAUUAUGUUAAAGCUUUGCCAAAGCUCUGAACAGUGAAGUGUUACCACAAAUACAUAUAUCAGACUGUCAGAUAAGGAUCUGGUCAACCCUAAUAGCACUGGGCCACUAAGGGUCCCAUUUCUGAUCUUGAGGGCCACUGCAUUGAAAAAAUUGUAAAAGCUCACUUCAUUUCUGUGCAUUUCUUUUCCAUUCCCUUUUUUUCAGUGAAUAUUAUUACACACCAUCCAACAAGCAAAAUUGAUAGGUGACCAAUUAUUAGAGUGGAAAAUAAUUGUUCUAAAAAACCAACUUCCACUGAAUUUACACAAAGUCUAGUACAUUGUUGUACUUUCAGCUAUACCCGUAUGUCGUGAUU